UGACACGGUGACACAGCUGCAGGAAUUGCUCACAGGGUUCCAAAACCCGUGUGUGCUGUCAAUCAAAAACAGGAGGCGGACAUGUGAACAGAAAAGCUAUUUCUGAUAAGUGUACUGCAAAAGAGGGAUGAGACUCGUUCAGAGCCGUAAAGUGCGGAAGUAGAACUGAUGGUACAAGUAGCCGGGAUUUGUUUGUAUUUGAACACUAGUACCAAUUUCAGAUUCUAGCACUGGUUACGGACCCCUGUCAUGGGGGUCAUAGGAAUUCUAGCUGUGAUCUUUCUGAAAGGACUGACUGUCGUUACUGUUGAUACUGCUGAUGUGACAACUGUUUCAGAAUACUUUUCCCAGAAUGGCCUUGGGCUGUCCUUCUACAGCUGGUAUGGAAGCGUGCGUCUUUUCUACUUCCGGGUGCCUGAAGAUACUGUCCUGGCAAGUUUUGGUCUUUAUGCUGUAAAGAAAAGUGGCAGCUCCUGCCGCACAAUAAACAUCACUGUACAUUUCCAGUCAGGAGCACCGCCAGUGAUUAAUCCUUUGGGGACUAAAUUUGCUUCAUACACUCCUGUUGUUCCUUCUCACAAUUUAACAAUUCCUGUAAGCACUACAAUGAACAAUACCUUCCUUAACAUUACAAAUCCCUCUGCAGGAGACUGGUUCAUAGCUGCACAUCUGCCAGAAGAUGAUGGAAAAAUUGAAGUUGAGGGCUUGUCAUCAAAGUGCUCAUAUGUUCUUCAACCACUUCUAAUGGUGAGCAGAAGAAUUGUUGUGCCCGUCCUUGAAGCAGGCACUGCUCAGACCCACAGUGUCUCAUCACCAAAUACUGUGGCAUAUUUAAAGAUUUUUAUUCCAGAAUACACCCAGGAGCUUAAUCUCACUCUUUGGAACUGUUCUAUUGGUAGUAGUGGACCAAGCAUGUGCUCCCUUCAGGUCAGCCUUGGCUCCACUACAGUGCCUGUCAACAGUCAAGCAUUUAGAAACUGUACUGGAAAAACUGUAUGUACCAUAGUGCUCAAGUCACCACCCUGGGAGAAAUGGCUGAGAAUUACUGUUGCGAGCACUGCUUCUGACAAUGUGACAGUGGGUUUUAACAUUGGAGCAUCCUUAUCAGCUUGCAAGUUGGAGAGCACCAGUUCUGUUCUGGGAAUUCUUAAGAGCUUUGGUCCAAACAGCAGUUACUUCUCCAUAGCAACCGAGAACCAGGGAAGCAGCAGCAAUACGUGGAACAUCAGUAGAAGUCUCUCUGACACAUUGCAGAUUGUGGGCAAUUGCUUUCGACACCAGACAGUUCUGCGAGAAGAUUUGGAUGUCUUGUCGGCCAAAUUUUCUAUUGUAAAUGGACCUAAUGUGACUGUAGCUGCUAAUCAGCCUACUGUGCUUCUCUUCAAUCUGAACUCUGGAGAUGACAGUGGUGGCACAGUGAUUGUGGAUCUAUUACUAAAUAAGAGCUCAUGGACAAAUCACAGUGCCUUGCUUCUUGCUUGCUUCACAUAUGGCUCUCCCAUUCUGUCCCUGGAGUCGUUGAAAGACUGCAGCACAGGUCUAUCUCAGGGAUACUCUUUGAAAAUGAAUUCUACAAAGACUGAAGAUCAUUUACGUGUUCCAUUCCCAGUCAGUGGCUACUGGUACCUAACCAUGCAGAUUCUCUGUUUCGGUAAUCAGAGUGACUGUGACGACAGUGAAGCAUCAGUCCUUACCUCUGUGUACCUGACCCCCUGCAUUGAUGACUGUGGCCAGUAUGGGCAGUGUCGGCUGCUUCGUACCUUCAGCUACCUCUAUGCAGCCUGUGUCUGCAAGGCUGGAUGGCAAGGAUGGAGCUGUACUGAUGAUGCCACAGCACAGUCAUAUGGACGCCAACUGUUGGCUACAUUAUUGCUAACACUCAGCAAUUUCAUGUUCAUCCCAGCAAUUGUGGUCGCUAUUUAUAGGUACUACAUCAUUGAAGCAUCAGUAUAUGCCUUUGCAAUGUUCUUUUCCACAUUCUACCAUGCAUGUGACCAGCCAGGGAUAGCGGUAAUGUGCAUCAUGGACUACGACACACUGCAGUUCUGUGAUUUCCUGGGCUCUGUUGUUGCCAUCUGGGUUACAAUUCUCUGCAUGGCUCGGAUAAAGGAGAUCUUCAAAUAUUUGAUGUUCGUGAUUGGCUCUCUCUUCAUUGCAAUGUCACUGCAGCUGGGCCGCCGGGGAGUCUGGAACAUGAUGGGACCCUGCUUGUUCGCUCUCAUUAUCAUGGCAAUAGCAUGGGUUUAUCGUGGCGUUAAAAGACGCAAAUGUUACCCUCCGUGGUGGAAGCGCUGGGUAUUCUUCAUCUUUCCUGGAAUUGGAAUUGCCUUCAUUGCCAUCUGUAUAUAUGCCUUUGCAGAGACAGAAAAUAACUAUUAUGUUACACACAGCAUUUGGCACAUCCUGGUUUCUCUUAGUGUGGCCUUUUUGUUGCCACCACGUGAACUGCUUGCUGACAAGCCAUGGUCUUGUUUACAGAAAUCGAAGUGCAGGUACCAGAUCUGUUCCAAUCAAUCAGAAGAUACAUAUGAUGUAACAUAAAACAUGGAAAUUCUCAUAAAACUGUAUAAAUGAACUAGAAACUGAGUUGCACUUUUGAAAUGAAAAUUUCUAUACCUCACAGAAGUAAAAUGUUGAUUAACACUCUUAAAAUUAAACUCUUGCAUAUCUUGUGUUUGGGAACUUAAAACUUUUCUGUCUGAACAUUUUUGUUUGUUUUAUAAUAUGCCAUGUUUUGCUGCUUGAUUCAUUGUACUUCUCAGUUGUUGGCACCAGAAAUGUUUCACCAACAUUAGACUUCUUUAUCUAGUGUCAUGCAUAUUAAAAAGCAUUUUUAAAGUAGGAUGAUAUGAUUAUGAACAUUGUGUACCAGUUCAAAUACCUAGGAAAGUGUGACAUUGUCCACCUGUUCAAAAUCCCAGAAAAGUCUGACACUCCUCAACUGGUGGCUUUUUACCGCAGGUUGUGUGCUUCUAAGAUAUGUAUCAUAUUAAUGGACAUCACAUUCAGUCCCUUUCUGGUCAGCCUGCUAAACUGCUGUGUUGAUCAGCUGUAAUUACUGUUCACUUGUUAUGCAAACUGAAUGAUCACAAGUACUAUCUGUCCUGUAAGUGGCUCAACAUGUAGUGCACUCACCUUUGGUGAUGGAAGACCAGAAUACUUUGUAAGUUCUAUUCCCACACCAUAUGUUUGGAUUAAUUUUCUAGUGCUAACACUGCAGAGCAUCGGGAGGAAGGGGUGCUGCACUCCUGAGUGUGCUAUCCUUCAGAUGAGACUUUAAACCAAGGUCCCAGCUGCCUUAGCUGAUGGCAACUGAUGUGGGUAUAAAAGUUCCCAUGGUACAUCAAAAUUAGCAGUGCAAAUUCCCUGGUGCCCUCACCAAAUCCUCCCACAAAUCAGUAUUAAUAUUACCUCAGAUUUCCCCUGAAAAGAGCCUUUUAGCCUAGUGGAACUAACCUGGUUAACGAAAUCUAAAUAAAUAAAUAAGUGCUAAGUGCUUUCAGAUGUCCAUGCAAUGAGUAGAACAUCAAAAAUUAAGUUACAUUUUUUUUAACAAAGACAGCUGCAUUUCCCUACCUGAAUGCAGGGAUAAGCGACUGGGAUUAAGGCACUAGAAGCCAUACUCAAAAUGGGUUCUAGAAGGGAAGUGGUUAGUGGCCCACAGAAAGGGGCAAUUAAUCUGUGUACUUCUGGAUGUUGAUGUAAAGGAUGGUACUCAAGAAAAAAGGUUGGAAGUUUAGCCCACAUUCAGUUUAUUUUAGGAAAAUGGAACUGUUUUGUUUAUGGGUAAUAUGUCAAAUGUUUGCAUGUAAGACAUUUUGUGUCUCUGUAUGUGUAUAUGAAUUCACCUACAUCUGUAAGGCAGAGGUGCCCUCAAUUUUUGUUGCCCUCCAACAUGUCAGAUGAGCUUUUUGUACCUUAUUCUGUGCUUAUUCUGAAACAUAGCUUGAGUUAACGAGGGAAAAGUAAUGAUGUAUGAGGUGAGUGAGCAUUAAAACUAGUUGUGCUUUAGAGGAAUGUUCUACAGAAUAAGGACAUGUACACCAUCCUUUCUUGUCUGUCACCGUAAGUUGUUCAUGCACUUAACAUUUCCUUGUGUUGCCUGUGGAAGUUAGUUUUGUCUCUUUGCUGUGUCUGGAUUCUUUUAACUAGCAUUGUAUGGCAUCAUUUGCACAUUUUUAAGUAUCAGGCAUAUCUGGAAGGGCUGUUCACCUGGCAGACAUAUACUGAAAUUUGUAGUGUUGCUGCAUGUGUUGGCAAAGCUCCAUUUAGGUUGGACUUCUAAGAAAGCAAAAGCAAACCACUAGUGAAAACUCGAUGAAGAAAAAACAAAGUUUAAUUACAGGUUAAGCACUUUUGACUUAAUAGUCUUCAUAACAAAUUCCAACAAGUUAAUCACAUGACCAGUCUUAACAAGCAACAUUUCUUGUUUGUGUGAACUCUACCUAAAAACGCAAGGAAUAAUGUUUAAUAAGUAAUCAAACAAGCAUAAGUAAUUCUUAUAAACUUCCAUUUAAGACGUCUAAAAAGCAAUUUUAUUACUCAUUUACACUUGUAAAGAUUCUGUUUAUAUUUUAGAACUAUUUAAACAUGGGGGAUUAUAAGUAUUAAAUAAGGUCUGCCAUUUUCAUUCUCUGUUUUAACUCCCCUUCUCUGUCUGUUAAAUCGCUUGGAACCCAGUCCAUAACAGCAAAGUAAAACCUCUUAAAAUUAGGGCAUACUGUAGAAUGCUUUCCAAAGGCAUUGUCCAAAUUAUUAACUUUAAUGGCAUACUGAUGUUCUUAAACACGUUUCCUAAGUUCUCUGUUCAUCUUCCCUAUAUAGAAUGAUUCACAAGAACUACAAGUUGCCAUAUAUACCACAAAUUUAGAAGUGCAAGUGAAAAAACAGAGGGUCGGGUGUGUUCUGUCACUUUCUAUGUGCAUAAAAAAGAACUUUCCGACAUAUAUUUGCACAAAGAGCAGUUUAAACACCCCUUUGUCACCCACAUUAAUUGGCUUUUUUCUUUCUAACAUUUAACAUCUCUACCUUUCUUAGUAAUAAAUAGUGGCGUGUCCCCCCGCCAAUUUGGAUAUCUCAUCAUUGCUAGUUAAAACUCUCUAGUUUUUAGAUGUCAGUCUUAGUUCCGCUGUCCAAAGAAAAAGUAACAGGCAUUGAAAGGGGCCAUUCCCAUACAUUACAAUCUAAAACAUAGUUCUUUUUUUUAUUUCUUCCACUUCAGCCCUUAGGAAUGUAUGAGCCUGUCUCAACACAUGGCAUACCAUUCUGUGCUACAUGCAUAAGAUGCCUAAUCCCAGAGCUUGCCAGUCCUUUUUUGCCAUUCACCCAGUUCAUGUCAUGGUCCUAGUUCUUAUCACUACAAUUGCUGCGUUUGCAUGCCUUAGAAAUAUAAAGUGUUAUCUAGUUGUCAUCCUUCAGGCCAGCAUCUACUCCAACAUUGCCUGUAUUGUCUCUGGGAGGGGUAGCAUGUCAGGCAUUACAGGUGGCCAUGGUUCAGUCUUUGCUACUCAGUGAUGCCCAAAAAAGAAGCUGUUGGCUUACUUUGUAUCCUAAAGAUGGCAGAGACUGGGAGAGUUGCACACAAUCAUUAAAGGGAGUCUACCACUCAACCCCAAGACAGAGUUUAUAGAUAGGAGCAUUGCGUAGAAAAUCAAAGUUUGGAAAGUGGACUGAAGUAUAGUUCUUCUAGAUGCAAGCACAUUGCUAAAUGCCUCUCUGGUUCCUGCAGGUAAUGCACUUAUCCUUGACAAGUGAUGACUUGAGCCUUGGAAGAAGGAACUGGAUGCUGUAUGCCUCUAGCUUUUACCUGCAGGAGUGUUUCAGGAAUUCUGGCACUACUCUGCCUCUAAUUGAUCUGCUGGAGCUGUAGGCUAACCAGCCUGAUCCUGGGCAGUGUCCCAAAUCACCUGAUCAUAGAUUGUGGAACUAUUCAGUCCCACCAGAGGGGAAGCCCUUGAGUUUUCCUGCAGGAGGGCUUGCAGUUUAAGAUGUAGACAUCAAGUAGAUUGUUGCUGUGUGAUGGGAACUUGAGUUACCAUUGCAGGACAAUACCCAAGGGGGGAGUAUGGCCUCAUGCCAGCACUGGGCCCUGUACAGACCUCUUUUCUCUGUGUUGCCUUUUCAAGCUCACUGUCAUGCACAGAAUCUGUCUCCAUCUCCCAAGAUCAGAUGAGCACCAGAUGCAUGCAUACUCAUGAGCAAGCUGGUGCACUUGCCUGCACCUGGGGAAAUGGGAAUUGUGUUAUUCCUUUCCAUGUUUAUGUAAGGAAAGAGAUCCAAGAGGUCUUUGUCUUUGAGAUGAGAACAGUGAGUCCUUUUCCCCACUUUUUUCUAACUGACCUCAUUUUGUUGAUACCAUAAAGCUUAUGAGAGUCACCAUGUUUUGUUCAAAUGUCCCUUCCGAUGUUCUCAGAAGCAACUUGCUGCAUAUCUGGAGAAAAAGCCUGAGUAAUCUUUGGCCAUCCUUCAUGUGGAGCUAGUCAUUAAGGGUGCUAAUUAGGAUGCAUUGAAGCACCACAGCUCUGCUUCUUUGGUCUUAGGAAGGAAUGUGUCUCCUAUAUAGUCUCAGCUAGUUAGUCAGUCUUUAACCAGACAUUCAUGAGUGUACUCCUGGUGGGAUCUGUAUGAUCUAAGUCCUGAAAACCAUAGCAUUUUGCUACUCUGCUGUGACAAGGCAUCAGAAACAUCAUGCAGGUGUGGCAAAAUAGUGUACUUUUGUCACUUUUGGCUUAUAGACCUGAACUGUUCAUUUCACCUGUUAUCAGUCCUCCAUAGUGAACACUUGAAAAUUUUGAGGGCCUUCCUGUGUCUGAACUCACAGACUUCCUUUCUGUGGAAGAAGUGUUAAACUCCUAUAGGUCAGAAAGAAGAAACCUGAUUAAAGGUCACAGUUCAACUGAUAGAGCAAUAUGUGCUCAUAAACUCUAGGAGAUAGAUUAUUUGAACCAUUUUUGUGCACUUUGUACAGUAUUCUCAUAUGUGCAGAUUUUAUGGUGUCAAACUCUCAGCUGUCCUGCAUCAACAGGGGUCUUGUUUCCUGUUAGGACUCUCUUUUUCAGUGAAGGUAAGAUUUUCUUCUGUUUGAAAAGUUGUGAUACAAUUUUGUUCAUAUCGGUCUGCCAUUUAUAGUAGUACCUCUUUUAAACAACAUGGACCAGCCUCGUUUUAGUUCAUAAAAUUUGCUUGUGAGACAGAAUCUGCAUUUACAAAGCUCAGAAAAACUGUUGUCCCCUAAUUAUCUAUGGAAUUUCACUUCUGCUACCUGUUCUACGUGAGAAGGCAUCUUAGCCUCCUUUCCAAGUUGCCAGGGAUGACCUCACAAUGGAGGUUGAUACAGGUAAUAAGUCAGUAUGCUCCUCUUCCUUUCCGUCAGACAUACACUGGGGGGAGUAUGAGAGCCAGAGUGCCAGGGGGGAAAAAAGUGCCAUUCUUUCUGUAUAGCUGAACUGUAGUGGAAACAUUUAAUUUGUUUUAGGAUGUUUAGUUAUCUGCAAGACACAAUACAUUUAAGAAUUCUGUUAGAAUUUGUCAUUAAGUUAUGUUUUGCUGAAUAUCACUUAAGGUGUUUUGAAUGCAGAAAUCCUGAAAAGAGUAAGUUCAUUGACUCUCAUAACAACAUAAAAUUUUGAAUCAGAUCAGAAUUGGAUCCCCCUAAAAAAAUUUCACUUGCUGCGAGGUUUGGGAUCCUUGGAGUUAGCAGAUUUUUGUCAUGGUGGAAAAAUACCAGCCACACACCAUUUUUUCCUAGUUUUGCUGUUCAGAAUUUUGUGUUGGACCAGACGUCAACAAAUGUGCGGUGUUAUAAUUGUGACACACAGCCUAGUAUUGUGUAAUCGCUUUUAUGUAUAAUCACAUAUAUUUAUUUCUUGUGUGCCUCCUACACUAAUUUAAUGGGAUAUGGUGAAUCACUGUACUAUUUGUUUUCUAAUCCUAUGUAACAUAUAUACUGAUGUCACUAAUAUAUACAGCGUGCAGAUGAUUUAGGAGGAGAUGUAUCCAAAGUAUAUUUUUGUAAAUGUGGUAGUUUAAAAUGGUGCUUUCUUGGGUUGUAAACUUUAUAAAUGAGUUGCAGUUGAUUCAUUUUAUUGUAUUAAUUUUUAAUUAAUUAAUCAAAUAUUUAAAAUCUGAAAACUUUUUAAUGCAGUUUUAAAUCUUGUAACAUGAAUUCUCAAGAAUGUAAAAAAUAAAUGCACUGUGAACACAGUAUUAAUUUCA